CGGCGAGCCUGUCCGCCGUUCUCAGCCGGGUGUUGGGACGCGGAGUCUGAGGCCCACGGCAGAGCACGAUGGCCGCGUGGGGCGAGCGGCUGGCCGGCGUGCGCGGGGUGCUGCUCGACAUCUCGGGCGUGCUGUACGAUGGCGGUGAGGACGGCGGCACGCCGAUCCCUGGCUCCGUGGAGGCGGUGGCGAGACUGAAGCUCUCGAAGCUGAAGGUGAGGUUCUGCACCAAUGAUUCGCAGAAGUCCCGGAGAGACCUGGUGGGGCUGCUUCAACGCCAGGGCUUCGACAUUUCCGAGGGCGAGGUCACCUCCCCGGCCCCAGCCACCUCCCUGAUCCUGAAGGAGCGAGGCCUGCGGCCACACCUGCUUAUUCAUGAUGGAGUUCGCUCAGAAUUUGAUCAGAUCGACACGUCCAACCCCAACUGUGUGGUCAUUGCAGAUGCCGGAGAAGGCUUUUCUUACCAAAACAUGAAUGAAGCCUUCCGGGUGCUCAUGGAUCUGGAAAAGCCUGUGCUCAUCUCUCUGGGAAAAGGACGCUACUACAAGGAGACCUCGGGCCUGAUGCUGGACGUUGGUGCCUACAUGAAGGCGCUCGAGUAUGCCUGUGGAAUCGAAGCCGAAGUGGUGGGGAAACCUUCUCCUGAGUACUUCCAGUUGGCCCUGAAGGAGAUGGGGGUGGAAGCCCACGAGGCCAUCAUGAUUGGAGAUGACAUCGUGGGAGAUAUUGGCGGUGCCCAGCGGUGUGGAAUGAGAGCCCUGCAGGUGCGGACAGGAAAGUUCAGAUCCCAGACUUGAAGUUGAAGAGGCCGGACGCUGGAAGCAUCAGUGGACACAGACGGAAAAGCCCCACAAAGCCUACUCUCUCUAGCCUACAGACCAGGAAACAGGCAGCCUAGCAAGACCGCAGACUCGUAGACAAUAACCCUCUAUGCCAGCCAGAUACCACAGCAAAGCUGUGGUCCGUCUCCGUCCGUGCCAGCCAGGGCUGAAUGUGGAGCCAGAACUUCCACCUUCAUAAAGCUGUCAUGAGCCCCCACCACUGGGGAGGGGCAGUAUCAGAGAAGGCCAAGUAGGGCGCCAGGAGCCAGGAGGUAAGGAGAGCCCCUCUGCUGGGCUAGCGGUGGAGACCACACAGAGAUCCCCCAUCCAGUGGUAAUGAGGCCAUCUCGCCCCCUCCUCCUUCCCGUACGGAAAGCAGUUAUGAAGCAUUUCUGCUCCUCCCAACCAGGGUGGAACUCCCACCCUCGACCAGCAGUGAGAAGAGCCCCUCCCCCACCUCAGUGUCAGCAGAGGACAAGCGGGGAACCUGGACUUCUAUCCUCCCUGGUAGUAAUGUGGCAGCUCUAACCCCCUUCACCUGCCAGAGGUGUGUCCAAAAACCAACUAAAAGGGAAGGUUUAAAUAAUAUCUAGAGUCUUGUACCAUAAUACCCCAAAUGUCCAGGUUUCAGUACAAAAUCGUUAUCGUGCCAAGAACCAAGAAAAUCUCAACUUGAAUGAGGAAGGACAACCAAUAGACUCCAGCACUGAGAUGACACAGAUGUUAGGACAGAGAUUUUAAAGCCUCUAUUACAAGAAUGCUUGAAACAAAUGAUAAAGAAAGUCUCGGCAAAGACAUAGAGGAUCCAAAGAAGAGCCGAAUGACAAUUGUGGAACUGAAAAAUACAAUAGCCGAAAUAAACUCAAAAGUGUGGGGACAGAGGAAACAAUCUGUGAACAUGAAGAUAGAGACAGAGGUUAUGCAGAGGAGAAAAAAACGGGCUGAAGAGAAUGAACAGACGUUUCACCAAAGAUGAUAUACACAUAUAGCAAAUAAGCACAUAAAAAGAUGUUCAGCAUUGUUAGUCAUUAGGGAGAUGCAGAUUAAAACCACACACGAGGUAUCACUACUCGCUUCUCAGAAGGGCUAAAAUAAAAAGACAGUCACAAGAGCACAGGCUGCUAAGGAUGCUGAGAAUCUGGACGGCUCUGGCCUUGCUGGUGGGAAUGUGAAAUGGUACGGCCGCUCGGAAAACAGUUCGGCAGUUUCUUAAAAAAUCUAAACAUGCAACUAUCAUAGGACUCAGCAGUGGUACUCCCGGGCAUUGCUCACAGAAAAAUGAAAACUCAUAAAUUCACACGAAAGCCUGUAUGUGGAUGUUCAUAGCAGUUUUUCUCCAAGCCUGAAACUGGAAGCGAUUCAGAUGUUCUUCAGUGGGGGGAAGAGUUUCACUGUAUAUCCAUUCCGUGGAAUAUUGUUUGGCAAAGAAGAGAAACACACAGUUGAUGCACUGGAUAAAAUCUCCAGUGAAAAAUGCCUGUCCCCAAAGGUUAUAUACUAUCUGACCCUGAGUAUAUAACAUUUUCAAAAUGAUAAAAUCAGUUUUAAAAUGAUAAAAUUAUGGUGAUGGAAACCAGACCGUUGGUUGGCAGGGAUUAGGGAGCGGGUGUCGGGACAGGGGAGGGGACGUGGCUACAAAAAGCACGAGGGGUCCUAGUACUAGGGACUGGAACCUGUGUUUUGAAUAUAAGGAUGUCAGUAUUUUGGUUUUGAUGCUCUCCUGUAGCUUUGCAAGAUACUACCAUUGAGGGAAACAGGGUAAAUCUGGGCUUAGAUUUCUCACAGCUGCGUGUGAAUCUACCAUUACUGUAAGAUAAACAGUUUACUGAAAAAGCAGUGGAACAAGGAGGGGGCUCCCUUUGUAUGUAGCCACCAGAAAAAUGCCUGUGAUGUCAUCGGAAGUGCCAGGGGCUGAUGAUGAACUGUUUAAGAGUGACGCUAAUUCUGGAAUGAGCAUGCUUGUGGGGAAAGACUCUGGAAGACAACCUACCCAGACACUCAGGUGGCUAAGUUGGGGGACUGGAUCCACCUGUCGUCUGUCUGUCUGUCUGGUUCCUCCGUGGGAGACAGAUGAGGAGGGGGCGCUUGCGGUGUGAUGCGGGGGAGGGUGGGCAGCGGACUGUGCUGUGGAAUUAUGGGUAAUGUUUUUUCUCUGCCUGUAAGUUCUAAACACGUGUCCUGAUUAUAUUAUUAUUAUUAUUAUUUUAUGAUGGAAGAAGUUACAUUUUAAAAAAGGAAACCACAUGAGCAAAGUUAAGGUCUUCUGCUAGCCAUUCCCAGAGAGCUCGUAGGGUAUGCUGAGCCACCAGACGGUCAUCUGACAACAGCUCUGGUUCUGGGGAGCAGAGGGGGACAGAGCUCUGCCUAGUUUGCUGCUGGGGCUUUGCCCUGCACUUCUCAGACACGAGCGCGUCCCUGGCCCAGAUGGCUGGUGGUGGGUCUCACCUGCGCCAGACCUGGCCUGUCUUCCCAGCCAGCAAGAAGCCAGGAGGCAGGAGUGAAGUGGGGCUGUCACAGGAUCCUGUGUGUCUCCAUUCAGCAGUGAUGUCCUCACCCCCACAUAUCUCGUGUUAGGCUCUGUGAUACUGUGAUUUAUAAUAAGAAAUAUAGAUUUGGUCCUCAUCUUCAUUUCUGGCACAGAGCUCCUAAAACCUUUGGAAUCCCCUCAGUGGUGAGAGCUUUAAACGUGUCUCAUUCAUAACAAACCCCUUUCAACCACCUCUGAGUUUUUGUUAAUGAGAUGACUUUUGGAAACCUCUUAAGGAUGGGACUGGUUGCCAUGUUGGUACUUGGUGCCUCACCCACCAACCCCCUGGGGGAGAGGAGAAGGAGACUGACUACCAUGGCCAAGGCCAAGGAUUUCAGCAGUCAUGCCUACGUAAAGAAAACUCCCUAGAAACCCAGAAGGAUGGGCUUCCAGGAGCUUCUGGGUUGGUGUAGCCGUGGAGGUACCAGAAGAGGGACGUGCUUGGAGAGGGCGGGACAGCUCUUUACCCCUUGCCCUGGACCUUGUCCCGCAGCCUUUACAACACUCUUUAUA